UGUGGUGCAGGGAGGUGGAAAAUAUCGGUUAUGUAUUCAGCAACGACAAAAAGCUCUUUUGUUAUUAUUUUAUUUUUUUGUUCUGUCAAGCCUUGCGUGUUCAGUUUAAAGAGUCGACAAGCGUGAACACGUUCAGAGAGAAGCAGCGGAUGCACCGGGGGAAUUAUGUGAUGCGGUGGAAGUUUUCAUCUCCAACCCACAGCUGGCUCCAGGGAUGAACCCGACACUUCCAUGAACUCCUUCGGUUUUGCGGUUCGAGGCCUCCCCCUGGCCUUGGCGUCCAUGACGCAGGCCACUGCCUCCGACCUGCGCUUUCAUCCCAGAUGGAGAGCAAUAAUCGUGACCGUCCUGCUGGCCAUAGUGCUCAUGCUGUACCUGCACCGGACCGUAGGGAGCACAGACACACCGACCAGAGGUAGUUUUCAAACUCGCAGAGAGGAGGAUGUGAGAUCACAAAGACUCUCUUGGUGUCUAAAGAGGAAAAAGCCCUACAAUGACACAUACCCGUUGAGUCCACCAGAGAGGACGCCGCACGGCGUUCGCUACCGUAUAGGAGCGAUUGCCGACCUGGACACGGCGUCCCAAAGCUCCAAGGGUCAGACGUGGUUCAGCUACAUGAAAAGAGGCUACGUGACCGUUUCGGAGAGUGGGGACAGACUGGAGGUGGAGUGGGAUGCAGACACAGUCACCUUGGAGAGCAGUCUGGCUGAGAAAGGACGAGGUAUGGAGCUGUCAGAGCUGGUGGCCUUCAACGGUCACCUUUACAGUGUGGAUGACCGCACAGGUGUGGUGUACAGGAUUGAGGGGAGCAGAGCCGUUCCCUGGGUGAUACUUCCUGAUGGCGACGGCUCCGUGUCUAAAGGAUUCAAGGCGGAGUGGCUGGCAGUGAAGGAUGAGCACCUGUACGUCGGAGGUCUGGGGAAAGAGUGGACGACGACAUCCGGGGAAUUCGUCAACAACAACCCCGAGUGGGUGAAAGUGAUCGACUACAAGGGCGGCGUGGAGCAUGAAAACUGGGUGCCUUACUACGCCGCCCUGCGGAGAGCUGCAGGGAUCGAACCACCAGGUUACCUCAUCCAUGAAUCGGCAGCUUGGAGCGAGCGCCUCCAGCGGUGGUUCUUCCUACCUCGCCGUGCCAGCCACGAGCACUACGAGGAGGCGGCCGACGAGCGUCGAGCCACCAACCUCCUCCUGUCCUGCCCCGCGGACUUCAGACACGUGACCACGCAGCGCGUCGGACCUUUUAACCCCACCCACGGCUUCUCCUCGUUCAAAUUCGUUCCCGACACCGACGACCAGGUCGUCCUGGCUCUGAAGUCGGAGGAGGACGCAGGCAGGAUCGCCACAUACAUCAUUGCUUUCACACUGGACGGGCGGCUGCUGAUGCCCGAGACCAAGAUGGGAGAUGUGAAGUACGAAGGGCUGGAGUUCAUUUGAAACGUGGCGGGGUGAAAGUUUCAUAUCGCAUUAUGCUAGAGAGCAUCGGGAUAACAAGGGUAAAACUUUUUUUUCUGAAAGCACAGGUGAAAGGUCAACAGGACAACUGUGAAAAACGUACAUCUGCUGCUGUCUCCCGUCAGCAAACACUAGAGUCAAACCUACAUCACAUCAGUGCUGCUAGACGUUUUGUCUUUGUUUUUUCUUUAUUUAAUUUUGAGAAGAGACCCGAUUGGAGUUGAAUCUAUAAUAAAAAGGAAGAAAGUAAAAUGCUUUUAAAGCAGUAAUUAGGACUUAGACCAAACAUUAAAGCAAAAAUAUUAAAUUGGUUUUUAGAGAUGUGUAUAUAUAUUUAUAUAUAAACAGGUUACUGUUGGUGACAUGGGCAAUUUUCUAGUAUUAUUUAAACCACGGGAAAUGGUCGGCCUGUAAGGCAAAAUGUGUUUUUCCCUUUUUAUCAGGUGCUAAAUAUUUUCUGAUGGUGGCAUUCUUCAUUACUGAUCAUGACAAGCACAACAGUCCUCUUCACCGUGGACGAUUUAAUGUUUUAAAAAAGAAAAUCUAACUUAUUACCACAGGUGAUAGGUAUUUUUCUGAACCUACAUAAAUCUCUAACAGGCGUUUCUGCUUCAUAUCAGUGCACAUUUAAAGAGACGGCUGUCGGCGUUUCUUUAUUUUUGCUUGUUUUAUAAUAUCUUUGGCUUUCAUCAUCGAACUGGACUUAUACCGAGAAGGUUUCAGGAAAUGUUUUUGGUCUCAUGUAGGGUUUUCAAGUUUAAAUAUUUAACUUAAAUACACUAGAUAAAAAAAAUUUAACCCCAUGAGCGGAGAUUUGUUCUUUCGAAAGGUUUGAUUUUCACCAGAGUUGUGACACUCCCCACACAAAGUAAGGCUUAGUCGUAUCAUUCCACUGUCAGUCAUUUCACAAAUGUGUCUUUUCAUUACUUUUUAUGGCCACAUGUAGUUCUUAUCAGAAGUUUACAUACACUUAUCUUGAGCAGAAAUGUCAUAAAAUAGGGGCAUUUUAUACUGGAUGUGAACUUUAGUUCAUUCAAAUUGUUUGAUUUAUUUGCACUGAUUAUAGACUUGAUUGGGUCGAGGUCAGAACCAAUCCAGAAGUUCGUCUCCUUUCGCUCUAAAUCCUGUUCUGAUGUGUGCGUGGAUUCGUCUCCUGUUCGAACCCAAAUGUGUCCAAGUUUCAACCGUUGUAGAUUUGAGGUCAAGAUAAAGAAUUAGGUGGCAGUCUUCUGUUAUUGUGUGCAGUGCAACAGAAUGGCCACACAGCACACUGCUGCCACCACCAUGCUUGACUGUUGCUAUGGUGUUCUUUGGUUUGCACAAAGCCUCGUCCAGAACCUGUUUGAGCCUGUAUGACCAUCCUGUGUGGAUUAAAGGUAAUCCAGUGUAAUUUUAGACGUUCACACCCAUU